AAUCCAAUCCAAUUUUUCACCCCCUCUCAAAUCCUCUCUCAUUUUUGUUCUAUUCACUCUUUCUUCUUCUCUCAUCGGAACCUUUUUUCAGAUUGAAAAUCUCUCUCCGAUAAUACCUUUGCACUCAAAACCCUAAUUUCAAUGGAUACACUUCAAGCAACAUACAAAGACGAAGAAGAAGACGAAGAAGAAAACCUUCAAUCCGCCAUCACAACCGCCGCCGAUCAACUCGCUGUCUCCGCCGUUACCGAAAUGGAAUCAACAGACGUGCCUCCGGUUACUACCAGCACACCUUCCGAUACUCCUACUGAACACCAAAACGACGGCAAAUCGGAGGCUGAUCCCUCCGACGGUCCCUCCUCUGACGAAGCCGCAUCAAACGGCUCUGCGGAACAGAAGAAUUCACCGAAGCGUAGCAGAGAAGAAGGUGAUGAAGACGAAGAAGAACCGAUUCCGAAGAAGCAGAAGCAGUUGUCAUCUCUGACUGCUGUUAAGGAUGAACCGAUGAUAUUGCCGGAGGACAACAACGGGAUAGACAAUGCUGCUGCGAGAAUUUCAACAACAAUGACGCCGACCAACGGAACAGCUAAGAAAACUAAGAAAAAGAAUAAUAAUGUGUGGGCAACUAAAUCGAAGAAAGGGAAAAAGAAAAGCAAAAACAACAAUAACAAUAAUAAUAACAAUAGCACUAGCCAUACAAAUGGUGGUGAAGAUAGUGUUCUGAUAACUCCUGUGCAGAGGUUUCCGGAUAAAAGUGACGAUACACCGGAUAUGAAGAUAUGUUUAUCGAAGGUAUACAAAGCUGAGAAAGUGGAGUUGAGUGAGGAUAGGUUGAGUGCAGGUAGCACAAAGGGUUAUAGAAUGGUUAGGGCAACAAGAGGGGUGGUUGAAGGAGCUUGGUACUUUGAGGUAAAGGUUGUGAGGUUAGGGGAGAGUGGACAUACGCGGUUGGGUUGGACGAUGGAGAAGGGUGAUUUGCAGGCACCUGUUGGGUAUGAUGGGAAUAGUUUUGGGUAUAGGGAUAUUGAUGGUAGUAAGAUUCAUAAGGCUUUGAGGGAAAAAUAUGGUGUUGAAGGUUAUCGAGUAGGUGAUGUUAUUGGGUUUUAUAUUAAUUUGCCUGAUGGGGAUAAGUAUGCACCAAAAAAUCAGAAUUUGGUUUGGUAUAAAGGACAACGGUAUGUUUAUUCGCAAGAUGCUAAGGAAGAUCCACCCAAAGUUGUGCCUGGAAGUGAAAUGUCUUUCUUUAAAAACGGUGUAUGCCAAGGUGUGGCUUUCAAGGACCUCUUUGGUGGUCGUUACUAUCCUGCUGCUUCAAUGUAUACUCUUCCUAAUGCACCAAACUGCACAGUAAAGUUCAACUUUGGUCCAGACUUUGAUUGUUUUCCUCAGGAUUUCAAUGAACGGCCAAUUCCCAAGCCAAUGAUUGAAGUUCCUCAUCAUGGUUUUGACAAUCGAGUUGAAAAUGGGGAGUUGAAUGCGAAUAAAUCAAAUGGAGAAUUGAAUGAGAAAAAAUCAAAUGGAGAGUUGAAUGAGAAGAAAUCAAAUGUUGAAUCAAAUGAGAAGAAAUCAAAUGGAGAGUCGAAUGAGAAUAAACCAAAUGAAGAGCCGAAUGAGAAAAAACCAAAUGAAGAGCUGAAUGAGAAGAAACCAAAUGAAGAGCCAAUUGAAAAGAAACCAAAUGAAGAGCUGAAUGAGAAGAAACCAAAUGAAGAGCCGAAUGAGAAGAAACCAAAUGAAGAUUUGGAAGAGAAGCAAUCAAAUGAAGAGUCGGAAGAGAUGAAAUCGUAGAAGUAAUAUGGGCUACAGUUUUUUUGCCUAAUAUAUUUGCUGCACAGAUGGAUGGGUUCAUUCACAUUUUGCUGCAAUUUUAGUUGAUAUAUUAAAUAUUAAAUUGAUUCACAGAUGACUAGGUUAGUUGUGUAAACUUAUGAAGGAGUGAAUUCUUAAUACUCUUAAAAUCCAUGGAUAACUCUUAUAAUUUUCAAGGGUCUAGUCAGAUAUUUUGUAGUUUCUUUGGCAUUGAUCUUCUGGAUAUUUUUGCCAUCCAUUGUAUGAAAGUUACAAAUGCAUGAA